AAUUUCUCAACAGUCAAAGCAAGCGGACGCGCAGUAUCGCAGUAGACUUGGAUAUACCUCAAAAAAAAAAACACACACACAAAACAAAACAGCUGAAAAUAUUUAAGCACUUGUGUACUUAAAACGUUCCUCAAUUUAAAAAUAACAAUUAUAAAAUAAAUAAGUAAAAAACAAACACAAAAUGACUGGACGCCGCGUUACUUUAAACACACGCGUCUCACGCGCCUCAACAUCGACGCCCGUUGGCGGUGCCUCGAGCUCGGGUCGAAUGGGUGGCGCCACCAGCCCCACUAGCCCCACGCGCACCACCCGCAUCCAGGAGAAGGAGGAGUUGCAGCAUCUGAAUGAUCGUCUCGCCUGCUACAUCGAUCGCAUGCGACACUUGGAGAACGAGAAUGGCAGACUCACACAGGAGUUGCAUUUGGCACAAGAAACCGUCAACCGGGAGACAUCCAACGUGAAGGCCGUCUACGAGCGGGAGUUGGCAGCGGCACGCAAACUGCUCGAUGAGACGGCCAAGGAUAAGGCCAAGCUCGAGAUCGAUAUUAAGCGCUUGUGGGAGGAGAAUGAUGAUUUGAAGCAAAGACUCGACAAGAAAACUAAAGAGGCCACCGUGGCUGAGAACAAUGCACGCCUCUAUGAAUCUCGUUACACCGAAGUGAAUGGCAAAUAUAAUCAGGCACUUACCGAUCGCAAGCGGGCCGAGGAUCAGGCCAAGGAGCUGGCGGUCGAGAAUGAGCGAUUGCGUCGCCAGCUGGAGGAUCUGCGCAAGCAGCUCGAGGCGGAGACAUUGGCGCGCGUCGAUCUGGAGAAUCAGAACCAGAGUUUGCGCGAGGAGCUCGCCUUCAAGGACAAUUUGCACUCACAGGAGCUGACAGAGACGCGUUCGCGUCGCCAGAUCGAGAUCAGUGAGAUCGAUGGCCGUCUGUCCAAACAGUAUGAGGCAAAGUUGCAGCAAUCGCUGCAGGAGCUCCGUGAUCAGUACGAGGGUCAAAUGCGCGUCAAUCGCGAGGAGAUCGAGAGCCUGUACGACAAUGAAAUACAGAAUCUCAAGGCAGCUGCCGCUCGUGCCGCUCAAGGUUCGUUGCAUGCCACGGAGGAGGUGCGUCUCAUGCGCACCAAGAUCGAUGGACUGCACAACAAAGUGCAGGAGCUGGAGAACACCAAUGCUGUUCUAAAUGCACGCAUCCGUGAGCUGGAGAACCUGUUGGACGCGGAACGUCAGCGUCAUAAUCAGUAUAUUGCUUCCUUGGAGGCAGAUCUGCAGCGUAUGCGUGAUGAGAUGGCCCAGCAACUGCAAGAGUACCAGGAUCUGAUGGACAUUAAGGUGUCGCUGGAUCUGGAAUUGGCUGCGUACGACAAGCUGCUGUGCGGCGAGGAGCGUCGCCUGAACAUUACCUCACCGUCUCGGGGCGCCGGCACCGAUUCGGGCAUCUCCAGCAAUGGCACCCAUUUGAGCGCCAGUGGCGGUUCCCGCUCUGGCCGUGUUACGCCCAGCGGACGCCGAUCAGCCACGCCCGGCAUAUCUGGUUCGGGUGCCGUGAAACGUCGUCGCACCGUGAUCGAUGAGAGCGAGGAUCGGACGCUGUCGGAGUACUCGGUGAAUGCGGCCGCCAAGGGCGAACUGGAGAUCAUCGAGGCAGACACCGAGGGACGUUUCAUCAAGCUGCACAACAAGGGCACCGAGGAGAUCAAUCUAACUGGCUGGCAAUUGACACGCAUUGCCGGCGAUGAGGAGCUCGCAUUUAAGUUCUCGCGCGGCUCAAAGGUGCUGGGUGGUGCCACAGCAACCAUUUGGUCUGUGGAUGCGGGCACCGCUCAUGAUCCACCUACAAAUUUGGUCAUGAAGAAGAAAUGGCCGGUGGCAAACUCAAUGCGAUCGGUGCUGACCAAUGCCGACAAAGAGGUGAGAGUCUUGUCGAUAUACAACACAUGCGGCACUUGUGACAUCUGCCGGCACUGCAAGCAUCUCGAGUUUGUGCUCGACCAGAUGUUGCCAGCUACGACCGUGUCCGUGAUAACGUUUCCAGUCAUGUCUCGCGGCAUCGCAGCAGUGGAACACCCAGUACCGGUUUUACCCUCGGUUCCGGAGCUGGAUCUGCUGGAGUAAGAAGCCUCUUUUCGCUGCUCUUCUAAGGACUCACACAACACAUACACAAACACUCUCUCACACACACACACACACACACAGAGAAGACUCAAGCACUCACCACAAAAAAAAGAUGUUCUAGUUUAGAAGUUGAAAGCGUAAUUCACACGUGCAAUACACAUUCACACAUCAAAUUGUGCUCUUUUGAUGCAUAUCACACUUAAUUGCAAGUUAAUAAAUGUACAACAACAA